GGCAGUUCUACGCAACAGUUCUAGAUUAUUCGAGGCUGUUCUAGAUGGCGCUCACUUCAUUUGCGAUAUAAAGCCGGUCCCGUCGCUCGAAGAGUCAUUCAUUCAACUGUAAACAAAACGUGGUUGUAAGAAUAAACGCUACAGAAGCCUGUUUCACAAGUGAUUUAUAAGAGGAAUUAAUAAAUAUAACUUCAGUGUUGUUUGUGAAGUGAAUUUUUACUCGGUUACAAUGUCUUUGUAUCCAUUUUUCCUUGAUUACGAGCGUCCACGUCCUCGACGCCUUUUGGACCAACAUUUCGGUCUAGGUUUGACACCGCAGGACUACUUGACUGUCAUAGCCGUUCCUCAACCCAACCCUGAAUACUACAGGAACUGGAGGAAUCUUCAGGCGGCGUCCAGAGACGUCGGUUCAACCAUAAAAGAAGAUAAAGACAAGUUCCAGAUUAAUUUGGACGUCCAACAUUUUGCACCGGAGGAGAUUUCAGUUAAGACUGUCGAUGGUUAUUUAGUUGUAGAAGCUAAACAUGAGGAGCGGCAAGAUGAGCAUGGCUAUAUCUCGAGGAGUUUCACUAGAAGGUAUGCACUUCCUGAUGGAAUUGAAACCGACAAUGUAACCUCAAAGUUGUCUUCGGAUGGCGUGUUAACUAUCUCGGCUCCAUUGAAAGCUCCACCCAAAGUCGCCAAUGAAAGGGUCGUUCCCAUCGUACAUACUGGUCCAGUGAAGAAACAAGUCGAGGAGAGCAAGGAAUAAUAAAUAGUAUAGCGAAAGUUCCAGAAGUCACUAGGUUACGUCGAUCUCCUUAUUUUGCAUUUAAGUGUUUGUUUAAUAAAUAUAUGACGUUUUAGUCAUAAAUUU